CGACAUAUAUUCUUUCUUCAAUUAAUUAAACAAGUUAUCAUAGCAGCUAUGAAAAUAAACUUGGGCCACAAGACGCAUUAUAAUAUGCGUCUAUCAAAAACUGCUUUAUUCGCUAUAUUAUGCAUAUUCGGUCUUAUUCAUCUCUCCACAGCUCAUGACGAUCUCGCACCAAAGUUGACAUUAGAAGAUCCUAAACCUAUUUCGUUCGUUAAGAAUGUUCUUACAACGCCAAAAGACCAAAACUAUUGCAAUCCUGUCGGACAAAUCAAAGAUACGUGCUGUGAUUUUCAGAGUGUAGAAGAUAUGCAAAGAGGAAUAUUCGAUAAGAUCCAGGAUCUUGUCAAGACAAGGUUCUUUCGCUAUUACAAGCUCAACCUCUGGAGAGAAUGCCCAUUUUGGGACGAGGAUGGAUUAUGUAUGAACAAGGACUGUUCAGUGGAAACCACAGAUGAGUCAAGACUACCAAAAGAAUGGACUCAAGAGGCUCUCAGUGCAGUUCAGAUGUCACCUGCUGGCUUGGGAUUUCAACCUUUCAAGGCUUGUUCGUACAAAGAUCAAGACUAUUGUUUAAUAGAGGACCAGUCUAACGAAAACGUUGUGUAUGUAAAUCUCUUGGAUAACCCUGAACGGUUUACUGGCUAUGCAGGUGUAUCCGCCGGAAGAGUUUGGAAAGCAAUCUACGAAGAGAAUUGUUUCAAUAUUGUUCACAAAAUGACAGAAGGCUGCAAGACAUGUAACAAUAUGAUGAAUAUAGCUGGUUCAGCCGGCAAUCCUCUCAAAGUUGCUGAGAAAGUUCAGCAAACUGUUAAAGAAGUUGGACCUGGGUUCGCUCACGUACCAAAGGAUACAGAAAAGCUUGACCAGCUUUUAAGUGAUCUUUCAGAAACCACAGACGGUGGUGAGAAUGAUGAAGAAGUAUGCCUUGAAAAGCGUGUUUACUAUCGUCUGAUCUCUGGCUUACAUUCUUCAAUUUCCCUUCACAUUUGUGACGAAUGGUUCAACCGAACAAGUGGUGAAUGGGCAAUUCUGCGUGCAGUAACAAAGGCGGGCCACUUUCUUGAUCAAUAUGAUUUCUAUACUGGAGAUGAUAAAGAAGAUAUUAAAGUAAAGAGCAUGGUCCAUGAUUUAAUUGACAAUGCUUCUUCAUGUGCACCUACAUUCGAUGAAAAAACCAUGUUCCAGGGACCCGAUGCAAAGGCACUUAAAUUAGAAUUCAGAGAUCACUUCCGUAAUGUAUCCCGUAUCAUGGAUUGUGUUGGAUGCGAGAAAUGUAGACUUUGGGGAAAGAUCCAAACAACUGGUCUUGGAACAGCUCUCAAAGUCUUGUUCUCUUAUGAAGACAAUCAAUUAAAUCCAAAGAGAACACCUCAAUUACUUCAGCGUAGUGAGAUAGUAGCUAUGUUCAAUACACUAAAUAGACUCUCUGAAAGUCUCCGUGCUAUUCAGCGGUUUAGAAAGAUGUAUCUGGAUCAGGUAGAAGAGGCAGAAAAGACAAAGCAAGCCGAGGCACAUUCAUUAAACAAUACCAGAGCAUCAGUCAUAAUAUCUAGAUUUAUAUCUGCCGUUGCUCACACAUGCUCCCAUGCUGUAGCUACCCUGGAACGGUGGGGGGUGCCUGUACCUACCUAUUUCGAGACUAUCUUAACACCAUUAGAUUAAAAAUUCUACAUUUUACAGCAGAAAUCACUUCCAUUUUACUCUUUUUCCUUUUAUCCAUUAAUCAACCCACUCCCAUCACAGUAAAGCAUUUCCACAAUAAGAAAACCUGCAAAAUAU